GGGUAGGGUAGUCCCGCGGCGCUGCUGGAGCAGGUCCCCAGCUGAUGGCUGGACCGACCCCUUGUUCUUUGGUGGCGCUGGCUAAGGUCAGACACCGAGAAGGGGACAUGUAUCCAUGUGUUCCCCCAUUCCCAUCAGCUACCUGUCUUAAGGAGUACAUCCCGGGGCCUUGUGUAGGAGGCAAAGUCAGAACAGCCCUGGUCAGAGGCAGGAGAGGAGAAAAAUCUGGAAUUCGAUCUGGCUUCUGAAAUAUCCUCUUUCUUUGGGGAGACCAGGAAAAAAUGACCACAGGGCCCUGGAAAGCCAGGGGAGAGGCACACAUGGCAUUCAGGGAUGUGGCUGUGGAUUUCACUCAGGAGGAGUGGAGGCUGUUGAGCUCUGCUCAGAGGACCCUGUACAGGGAAGUGAUGCUGGACAACUACAGCAACCUGGUCUCCCUGGGAAUUCCAUUUUCUAAACCAAAACUCAUCACCCAGCUAGAGCAAGGAAAAGAGACCUGGAGAGAGGAGAAAAAGUGUCGACCAGCCAUCUGUCCAGCAGAACCAAAGCCAGAAAUCCAGCCCUGUCCUUUCUGCCUUCCGGAUUUCUCCAGUCAGAAAUUCCACAUGCAACGUGUACUAUGCAGUCCUCCCCCUUGGAUGUUCACGUGCUUGUGUGCUGAAAAUCACGUCCAGCUGAGGGGUUCCUGCCCAGGGGAACAGAAGAAACAGCAGCAAACCUGUGAUGAAAGUUCCUGGAGUGAUAAAUCAAAAGGUCAGGAGAGAGAAGGUGCCAGACCUAUGUUUGGAAGGACAAAGAAAAGGACUUCAGGAACAUUCUCCAGGCUACCCCAAAGGCAGCAAGUCAACUCUAGGAAUGGCAUCAGAGGUGUGGAAAUAGAGACCAGACCAGCUCAGAGGGGGAUCCCUGAGGAAACAGACAAAUUAUUGAAGAGGAUAGAAGUCUUAGGGUUUGGAACAGUCAACUGUGGAGAGUGUGGACUAGGCUUCAGCAAGAUGACAAACCUACUUAGUCACCAGAGGAUACACUCAGGGGAGAAGCCUUAUGUGUGUGGGGUGUGUGAGAAGGGCUUUAGUCUAAAGAAAAGCCUUGCCAGACACCAGAAAGCACAUUCAGGGGAGAAACCUAUUGUGUGCAGGGAGUGUGGGCGAGGAUUUAACCGGAAAUCAACACUCAUCAUACAUGAGAGGACACACUCGGGUGAAAAGCCUUAUAUGUGCAGUGAGUGUGGGCGAGGCUUUAGUCAAAAGUCAAACCUUAUCAUACACCAGAGGACACACUCAGGGGAGAAGCCUUACGUGUGCAGGGAGUGUGGGAAAGGCUUUAGCCAGAAAUCAGCUGUCGUUAGACACCAGAGGACACACUCAGAGGAGAAGACCAUUGUGUGUGGUGAUUGUGGACUAGGCUUUAGUGAUAGGUCAAACCUCAUCUCACACCAGAGGACACAUUCAGGGGAGAAGCCUUAUGCUUGCAAGGAAUGUGGACGAUGCUUUAGGCAAAGGACAACCCUAGUCAAUCACCAGAGGACACACUCAAAGGAGAAGCCUUAUGUGUGUGGGGUGUGUGGGCACAGUUUUAGCCAGAAUUCAACCCUAAUCUCACACAGGAGGACACACACAGGGGAGAAGCCUUAUGUGUGCGGAGUGUGUGGACGAGGCUUUAGUCUGAAGUCACACCUCACCAGACAUCAGAACAUACACUCAGGUGAUAAGCCCAUUGUGUGCAAGGAUUGUGGGCGAGGCUUCAGCCAGCAAUCAAAUCUCAUCAGACACCAGAGGACACACUCAGGGGAGAAGCCAAUGGUAUGUGAAGAUUGUGGGCGAGGUUUCAGCCAGAAGUCAAACCUAAUUGCACACCAGAGGACACAUUCAGGGGAAAAGCCUUAUGUGUGCAGGGAAUGUGGGAGAGGCUUCAGCCACCAGGCAGGUCUCAUCAGGCACAAGAGGAAACACUCAAGGGACAAGCCUUAUACAUGCAGGCAAUGUGGACUUGGUUUUAGCAAUAAGUCAACUUUAAUUACACAUAAGCGGUUACAUUCAGAAGACAAGCCUUGUGCGUGCAGAGAAUGCGGUCAAGAUUUUACCCAAAAGUCACACCUCCUGUUGCAUCAGAUGACUCACAAGGGAGAGAAGCCUUACAUGUACAGGACAUAUGGGCAAGGCUUUAACCAAAAGUCCCACCUCAGCAGACCCAGGAGGAUAAAGCCUGUCCAUCACAAGUCCCCAUUCCAAGCUGACUUGGAGACUUGUUCAGGGCAAUCUUCUGUCCCCUUGCACUCCCUUUGAAAGUAAAGAUGACAUCGUGGACUAAGUGGUCAAAAUUUUUACACUUUCAUGAAAUGGAGUAGAAAAAUGCAUUCCUUAAGUGUUCAAAGGACAUUUGACUUAGUUUACUUUCUCUGCACUAAGUCUUUUCCAUGUUUUGUGGCCUUUUGUUUUAAUAAACUUUGCUUCUUUACAA